AUGAAGCGUCACGCGCUGCACACCGGCAGGAAAGCGCGCUCUUGUAGGUGCUCGUGUAAGUUAAUGAUGUCGCUCGUGAGGGUUUCCGCCUUGUGCCUCGCUCUGCUCAGGUGCGCGUUCGCGAGCGCUGUUCUCCACAACUCCAACGCCAUCAAGUUCGGUACAGCUGCGGCCAGCGCGAGCCCAGAUGUGCUCCCAGUGGACGGGGGCGAGCAGAACUUAGCCAUCGAUACAGCGCAGCCUCAGGCGUGCACAGUCGACUCCGAGUGCCGUCGCGAGGAGUUCUGCCUGCUCUCCCGUGGCGCGUGCCUUCAGUGCAAGAAACGUAGAAAGCGCUGCACCCGGGACGCCAUGUGCUGCCCUGGCAACCACUGUAGCAACGGAGUGUGCCAAACGAACGACCCAGACCUCAUUCUUCAAGCCGUCGUAGAAGAGCUUGUGUCCAUCAGCACUCAUCUUAAAGAGAACGCUACAGUGACCCACCAAUCCAAAGUACCGCUUCCGGAAGCACCUCAAAACCUUAAAGGUCUGGAAGGAGAGAACUGCCUGAGAUCUUCAGACUGCAGCGAGGGUCUCUGCUGUGCCCGUCACUUUUGGUCCAAGAUAUGCAAGCCGGUGCUGAAAGAGGGCCAGGUGUGCACGAAGCACAAGCGGAAAGCCACUCACGCUCUGGAGAUCUUCCAGCGUUGUGACUGCGGGGAAGGUCUGAGUUGCAGAAUGCAGAAAGGAGAUCACGGCAAGGUCUCGCGAAGCCUCCACACAUGCCAGAGACACUAAGAUGCUCGAGUUGAGGAUUAUUUCCUGAAAGUUUCUGGGAAGAAGGAGCAAUCUUUAAGAACGUAGAGAGAAAGAAAAAAGAAAAACAUCAACAGUGGAAGUGGAAAUGACAUGGAAUGGAAUGGGAUUCUAUACUCUGUUUCGAUUUAUUUUUUUUGUUUUUUAAUAUGUUGUUCUUAUUUCUUACCGUCUCCAGUUGUGUGUGUGUCAACAUUGCAGAGUAGAUAUAAAUGUUUCUCUAUGGAACUUGGCAUUUGAUGGUUGCAGUACAUUACUGUAUUGUAAAUACUAUUGGGAAUGUUGGCACUUAACUCUGAUUUUUGUCAACACACAGAGUAUGCAUCACCCCCCUUUGUAUAUACAGAUUUUUAUAAUCGUACAGAGACUGAUAUAUGUCUAUUUUUUAUUCUAAAUAAAGAGUGUAAUGCUAUUUAUGUUUUAGGCUGUGUUUAAGUGUUUAAGCUGUAAUAGCUGCCAUAAUUACCAAUAAAAAAAGACCAAUGGUAA